AUGAACGAAAGGAAACCAAAAAACAUAGUUGAUGCGUUUAUUGAAAAUGAUUUGAUUGACUUUAGAUGUGUUGAAGAGGAGGUGAUUAAGAAUGAUGAAGUGAAGGAUGAUGCUAAAAAAGUAGUUAGUAUCAGACAUUGUGACCAGGAUAAAGUUGAAGUCGAAAAUGAUAAUAAUGGGAAUAAAGCUCCUGAUGAUGUGGUUCUAGAAUUGGAAAAGAUAGUAAAAGACUUGCUGAAAGAGUUAAUAGAUGAUAACUUUGAUGAAUUCGAUUGUGGUGUAGAUUUAUCCAAAUGGUAUUGGCAUACAAACUUUAGAGAUCUUGAUGAUAGAAUUGUUGGAUAG